CACACACGCCUCGUUUUCUGCAUGUAAAAUGUGUGUGUUCUUUAAAAGCCAGUGGUUGGCUGGUUUUCCGGACAUGAUGUGGUUGAAGCUGUCAUCGUAAUGGAAAUUCAUUGCUGUAGCUAUGCAUGACAGGUGACCUGUUCCAGAGUAUCUGGCUUGCAUUCCUCCCUCCAUGGCAGUGCCCGAGUGUCCUGCACUCAAACCACUAAGGCCAGCAGCACCUCUUCUGCCUGUGAGCGAUUUGUCACUUCCUUCUGUAAGACUGGCACCGGCAGACAUGCAGUCCCAGAGGAUCCCGGGGAGAAAGCGAGGCCGACCCCCACUUCACUCAACACCUAUGAAGAUGGCGGUUCGUAACCUUUAUUCCGCUUCAGCUGGCGCGUUGCCAGCAGUGAAGAUCCCCAAGAAAAGAGGGCGGAAGCCUGGGUACAAGGUCAGCAGAAAGACAGAGCUUCCGGAAGAAUUGGUAAUGAAUUCAACCUUUAUCCCUUUGGUUCUCUGCAGUUCCUCCAACUGCUGGAAAAUAAAAACGCUCAAGUCUCGGGUUCUUAUGACUCCUUUAGCCCUCUCACCUCCGCGGAGCACACCGGAGCCUGACCUCAGCUCCAUCCCUCAGGAUGCAGCCACCAUACCAAGCUUGGCGGCCCCACAGGCUCUCACAGUCUGCCUCUACAUCAAUAAGCAAGCCAAUGCAGGGCCGUACUUGGAGAGGAGGAAGCUGCAGCAGCUCCCCGAGCACUUCGGGCCUGAGAGGCCGUCAGCAGUCUUGCAGCAGGCCGUGCAAGCAUGCAUCGACUGUGCCCACCAGCAGAAGUUGGUCUUCUCCCUGGUCAAACAGGGCUAUGGCGGUGAGAUGGUGUCAGUCUCAGCAUCCUUCGAUGGGAAACAGCACCUGAGGAGCCUGCCUGUGGUGAACAGUGUUGGGUAUGUCCUUCGCUUCCUCGCCAAGCUGUGCCGAAGCCUCCUGUGUGAUGACCUCUUCAGCCACCAGCCCUUCUCCAAGGGCUCCAGUGGCUCUGAGGAAGCCCAGGAGAAGAAGGAAGGCAGGAUGGAGUCAGCAAAAACAGCCACCACUGAGGAGUGCCUGGUGAACCCUGUAGGCAUGAACCGCUACAGCGUGGACCCCUCCACCUCCGCCUUUAGCCACAGGGGCUCCUUCCCCACCUCCUCCUCGCUGUACUGCAAGAGGCAGAACUCUGGAGAUGGCCAUCUUGGGGGAGGCCUGGCCACCACUGCCAAUGGUCCCCGUUCCAGCCCCAUGUCCUCUGGAGGCCCGUUGGCACCUGGGCUGAGGCCCCCAGGCUCCAGCCCCAAGAGAAACGGGACCUCUCUCGAAGGAAACAGAUGUGCCUCGAGCCCUUCCCCCGACGGGCCGGACGCCAGGCAGCCACGGAGCAGGAACCCUUCCAGCUGGACUGUGGAGGAUGUGGUCUGGUUCGUGAAAGACGCUGACCCGCAGGCUCUGGGUCCACAUGUGGAGCUCUUCAGAAAGCACUCUGUUCCGGCUGCUGUAACAAAACGCCACAGACCGGCUGGCUUAGGAACAAGAGCAAUGUACUCCUCAGCUCGGGAGGCUGCAAGUCCAAGGAGAUUGACGGCAAUGCUCUCUUGUUGCUGAAGAGCGAUAUGAUCAUGAAGUACUUGGGUCUGAAGCUGGGACCUGCACUGAAACUCUGCUACCAUAUUGAUAAACUGAAGCAAGCCAAAUUCUGAAGGUUUCUCAAAAGAUGGAAGCGAAGUCCAGACAAGCAGGUCUCAGGAUCGUCUUCUGCCUUACCAACAUCCAGCCGCCAUCACAAAAUGGCUUCUCUCCUGAAAAAUAACAUCCACAAAGACUGAGUGUUUUUCUAAAACUUGUGCAUCUCUGCCUUUUAAAAAAUUCAACAUGGCCCCUUCGAAAGGCUCCUCUGUGUUAAUGAUUUGCCAAAAAUUAAUGGAAAAGCUUAUUAUUUUAGCAUUCCUGGUAGGUUGGUUGCUGUGAGUAGGGGUCCUGUCUUUAUGACGAGAGAUCAGGGACCCCAAUGCUACUGCCCAAGGAGAACCCUGGAGGGUUCCACGGAUGUGAGAAGAAAGACCUUUGUCUUUACGGGAAUUCCACCAUAGCACCACCUGUUUUAAACGUUUUUAACUCUGCCCCAGGGGACCUGUCAGUGUGAGCCUUGCUUAAUUCAGCUCUGGAAGCUGUCUUCUGAGGAAACAUGCCUCCUCACCUUGCACUAUCUGGAAAACUUGAAUUCUUUUGCUCUCUGAAAGAGAAGAAAAAAAAAAAAUAUUUUCUAUUCCGACUUAAUUGAAGUACUGUGUUUUCCCACUAGAGGGCAGACCACUAAUGAAGUUUCAAGACCCUCCCAGCAGCCUCCUGCUGAUUUAGUGCUCACUGGGCAGGUUAGGGUCUCUGUGGACUAGAUCUAGCCUACACAGAUAUGGGGAAUUUCUUCCACAGUCAGCACCACAGAUUGCAACAUGGGGAAGAAACUAUCUUCUAGAACGUUCUAGUUCAUAUCCAGUCAUUAUUGACUGACUGAGAUGCACAAGCAGCAAAGGCAAAAAUUUAGAAGUAUGUUCCUCCCAGAUGGGGCUUUGGAGUUCCCUCCCUUUCAGAGUCCUCACUGGGGUGUUGACGUGUUGGCGCGCUGAAGAGUCUUACUGACAUUUAGCCAUGGGUGUUUCUUUAAAAGAGAAGAAAAAUGUCUCAGAUAAGCUUUGAAAUGGGAGAGUGUUGAUUUCUUAUUACAUUGCUGGAUUAUGUAGUUGUACCGCUGGCUAAUUUUCCUAGCUCUCAACAAAUACACAGACAUGCUAUCAUUGGAUUUAAUUCCAUUUACAAAUAGGUUUUCCCUCCUCACCGUGGAGUAAUAGGAAAAAAUUGAUUUUUUACCCCUUUGCAGCUGUGUCCAAGGAAGGACGAUGAUGAGUCCCCGAUUUACGAGGCAGAGGGCAACCUCAUCUCCAUUCUUCUUUUUAUUCUUCUCCUUUCUCUCUUUCCCUCUCUCUUUUAUUCGUCCUCCCACGCUGAAGAGGAAACAUAUUUACAAAAUGAAUUCACCUUUGCCAUGGGUAUAUCCUCUCCCUUAAAAACAUCUACAGCGUCCGGUUGGAGGUGAGGAGUGAAGACUAGAUUCCGCAGUCUCUGGGAGUGUGAGGAUCAAGGAAAACUCAGGGCCUCUCUGGGCCCAAGUGCAAAUUAGAAAAAGCACCCCUUUCUCUGGGAUGAGGGGACGGGCGGGCGGGGGGUGGUCUCGGGCGAUGAACAGAGAAGGAGGGAUUUCCUCCCCCUCCCCCUCAACCAGGUGCCCUUGCGCAGGACCGAUGUACACCCUUGGGGCCAGCCAAGCUAGAUCUGCAUAUUGAUCUUCUAUAAAUCAGUUAGAACUUAGAGGAGGACGACCCACUUUGAUGAGAAGAGAAAAAAAAGGAAAAAUUCCUAGCGAAAUCCUUUUUUAGACACACUAACGGUGGCUGGACUGAAAGCAAGACAGAGACGGGAAGGAAACCUGCCCACAAACAGAGUCUGGGUCAUCAGGUUGUGGAGGGGCUUAGUGUGGGUUGCUUUGGGCACCUGACGGUACUACCCGGAAUCGGGCCUCGGGAUGGGGUCGUCCACGAUUCUAACGUGAUCGAUGACUCUGCCCCUCCAAGUUUGUUCAUUGCAAGUAUUUGUGGCUGGUCUGGAGUUAGCUAAGUCCCCUCAAAAGGCCUUGGCCAGUUUAUGUACUCAGAACUGCCCUGUGAAAAUGGUGAGAGGCAGAGGCAGAAAGCACCCCCAACAACCUAGAUGAGCUGUUUUUUUUGCUCAGUCCUCUAAAACUUGUCCUGCCUCUUCCAUCAACAUAUAUAUACCUCGUGGAGAGAUUUUCACAACUUCCCACCCAUCCCCACCGGUGACUCCCUCACUAGAAAAGCAUGAACGUUGGUGCCCCCAGAUUCAAGUCAUCCCCAAACGAUGUCAAAGAGAUCCUUUGAGUAGGUUUCCGGGGGGAGAGAGAUUUUAAUCAUCUCAAGCCUCGGAGCAAACUGGAUCCGUGUUCACGUGUAACUGCUCUCACGGAGGUGCGAUCUCAUUUUGCAUUAAACUUUAAACAGGACAGAUUGCUGAAGCCAUGAUAUUUAAGGUUUGACUUUUUAAAAAUCUCAUUACUCUUAAAAUGAAUGCUGCCAUAUCAGAAAAUAACCCAGGGAGGAAAUUCCUCCUUGCCUGUUUUUGCACUGAAAUGCAAUUAGCCAACCAAAUUAUUGUAGCAAUACUGCAAUUAUAAUUAAUUUUCACCCCUUUCAAAAAUCUUGUCAAACCAAGCAGCUAAAUAGCUCAGCAAAUGUAAAACAUGCCAGGCCAUUUCCUCUAAAUGGACCUUAAAGAGUCAGGCCAUGUGUGUCACUGUUGUCCAAAUGGGAGCUUAUUUCGGGAGCCUCACACUUGUACAGACACGGUCCUUGUUAUUCCAUUGUAGCUUUGCUUCAGGUUGUGGUGAAUAAUGACAUAGUUUUGCAUAAUUCCAAAUUAGAGUGUGUGAGUGUGUGUGUGUGUGUUCAUGUCCAGACAUUUCCAAUCACCCGUGUCUGUUAAACACUUAAAAAAAACUAGGGACAAUUCUAUUGCCUAACUCAUUUUAAUUAUUUCAUAAGUGCAUGGAUCCCUUUGUGAAGACGUCAGGCAAAAAAUGUAGGGUGUGUGUGUGUGUGUGUGUGUCCUGACACAGUGGCUGGAAGAGCCCAAGGAAGAGUCUGAGAGCGCGUCAGCUAUUCUGUUCUCUGGGUGUAAAAUGCCUCCCCCAGCUUCAGGAAGUUGGAGGCAGAACCUUCUCUCUGCCUUUGGGACGAGGUAUCCCCACUACUGCCAGCAGGGGGCGCCCUGAAGGCAGCUGGGGACGGUGCCGGGUUCUGGUCAGCUUCCCUCAGGAUCUGACCAGCCCAGUGGAGCCAGCCAGCCCAGGCUCCCUGGGACUGAGGCGGGACACCUAGCUGGGGACCUCGCGGGGAGGGGACAGACAUCUUAAGGGCGUUUAGUGCCCACCAGAGCGUUCACCCGGCUCCCCCCAUUGCUCUUCCCCAGGGCUGCCAAGGUUUUCUCCUUUCAUCAGGAGGAAAGAAUGAAGAGCUCCUAGCUCCUCAGAACCAAAUACGCUAUUUAAAUCUAUUGGGAAGGAGUCCUGAGCUAGGGUUGGUUUGCUUGAGAAGGAAAGCAGCAAGAGAGAGAGAAGACACCACUCUAAAUUUCUUAAGAACAAAAAAAAAAAAAAAAAGAACACCUCCUCUCACAGUCCUAACCCCUGAAGCUGCAAUAUAUUUUAGUAUUUAUGUGCUGUAUGGAAUCUUUCUUUUCUAACUUUUUUCCAUUAAAAUCAUUUCUAAAUUA